UUAUGAGAGACUUUGAAGACAGCUUGUCAAUCUGUUAUAUUAAAUGCACAAAAACAUUUAAAAUUAUAAGACUUUUACUGCCUGUUCCUUUGGUGAAAAAUGCUUAACAGUUUGAUAUUUUUCUUGGCAUGUUUCUCCAGUAUCAAACAAAAACAAAAAUUGAGAGGGAAGGACAAAGACUUUUGAACUAUGGACCAUUUGAAUUGAAGUUGUUUUAAUUGCUGCCAAAGUCACAGCACUCCACCUCCCUAUGAAAGCUCUAUGCCAACACUCAUGACUGCACUGACAAAACUACACAAGAAGAAGGGAGGCACAGAACAUACUAAUAAAACAUCUCUUUAAGUGUUCCUCCUGACUUUAUCCUCUAAAGCUAUGAACUCAACUCAGCUGCUGCUCCGGUCUCAGAGGGACUUACUGCUCAACUGGACCUGUCACCACCCAGCACCCUUGCUGCGCUGGCUGCGAGAUGCAGAGGUGCUUUCUCCUGCCCACUACCUGUCUCUGCUGGAGAGGUCACCUUCCAAUGCCGUGGCCCAGGCUCUAGAGGCGGUGUGUGCCACUGAGGAGAGCAGUCAAAAGUUCCUGCAGGUGCUGAGCGAGGUGCAGGAUUAUUACUGCAGGGAUCUGCAGGUCUGGGUGGAGAGACACUGCAGGAACGAUGCCUUCAGUAAGACACCGCCUGAACCUGUGAAAGUGGAGGAGAAGAAGCCUAAAGGUCCAAUUGGUAAACUGUUCAGAGGAAAGAGCAAGGAAUUUACCCCGACUGCUGAGUUUAAAGCUAAAGAAGAACUUAAACCUCGCAGAAGUGCAAAGCUGGCCAACAUCCGAGUUCCUAUUUCUGCCCAUAAAACAACUCUGUUGAAACGGACAGAGCAGUUAAAGUGUUACUCUGAGGGUGAGGGAGUCGCUUCAAAUUCAGCUUCUCACAUUGAAAUUCGCUACACCGAUCUGUUUGUGACAGAAGAUGAUGACUUAGUUGACAGUCGACAUGAGUACUUUGACCUGGCGAGUAGACGAGCCCGCAUCUAUGUCCAUCAGGCUUGCCAGCGCAUAAGGCCAUGCGAUCUAUUGAGCCCCCAGGGAACAUCAGGACGGCCCCCUAAAAGGGUUAAAGUGAAGGGUAUAGCUGGCAUUGGAAAGAGUGUAGCUGUGCAAAGACUAGUCUAUGAAUGGGCUAUUGGGAAGAACAUGCGUGAAUUCACCUGCGUUUUUGACCUGCGCUUCAGAGAGCUGAAUCUGAUUGAAGCACCACUGAGCUUAAUGGAGUUGCUUGGAGAACGGUUUCGGUACCUGAAGGAAACUCUGCCUGAUCUUUUCACUAUGCCAAGCUCUUUGCUCUUCAUCCUGGAUGGAUUAGAUGAGUUCAAAUUUACCUUGGACUGGAACAGUCCUGACAAAAACAUUGACAUUGGAUCGAAGGUGCCAGUGUCAGAGUUGAUGGUGGCUUUAAUCAAAGGAAGUCUUCUCCCUGAGGUAUCAGUCAUUCUCAUGACAAGACCAUCUACUGAGGUUCCCAAGUGUUUCUUCCAGAGAUGUUGUGUGGUGCUGGGCUUUGAGGAGGACCAGGUGAAAGAGUAUACCUCUAAGUUCUACAAAGACAGUAAAGUUGCUGAGAAAGUCUACAAUUACAUCUUGAACAAUGACAACCUCUUCGUGCUGUCCUUCAUUCCUCUUUAUUGCUACAUCAUCUGCACUGCUAUGGCCGAGUUCUUCUCCUCAGAAAUUCAAGAUGUUGGGGACUCAAAGUCUCUGGAGCUAAACCCGCCAAGAACAGUCAGUGAAGUUUACUUCUGCUACCUAUUUACAGCAGUCAAGCAUCAUGCACUGAGAGGAAGUACAGAGAGAACCACCCCCAAAUCUGAGGUUCUCUCACUGGCAAAGCAACAACUGACCAACCUGGGGAAACUUGCUUAUGAAAGUCUUCUACAGAAAAAGAUCAUGUUCAGCCGAGAGGAUCUGGAGAACUACAGUGUUACACCUGCUGAUCUUCAGAGUACUUUCCUCUGUCACAUCCUCCAGCCCCUCAAAGAGGAAACAGUGGAGAUGUUUUCUUUCUUUCACUUAACUGUUCAAGAACAUCUGGCAGGCCUCUACUGUGCAGUCAGUCUCUUCAGCCAGGAGGACAUAAUCCAAGCUCUGGACUUCUGGUGCUUCGGGCAACAUCCACCAUCCUGCACAGCUGCACCCCUACAAAACACAGAUCUGAACAUGGACAAGCUGGAGAACCUCCAGAUGUUCACACGCUUCUUCAUGGGAAUGCUCCGAGCUCGGCUGGGGGGUCAUUUGGAUGGCCUUGUUCUUGCCCCCAUGGAGCAAGAAGGUGCCAUCCCCACAAGGCUGGGUUUGUGGUUCCAAGAUCAGUUUAAGGGAAGAAAUCUUGAAAACCAAACAGCUCUGAAUCUUCUUCACUGCCUGAUGGAGUUCCACAUGAAGGAAACAACCAGCAUGGUGGCACCAGAGAUCAGGAAACUCAACCUCUUUAAAAUGAAGCUGACUGUUGUGGACUGUGCAGCCAUGCACUAUGUGCUGCAGUUCUCUCCACACAAGCUAGAGGAGCUCAACUUAGGCUACUCCAACAUUGGAAACAGAGGACUAAACAGACUGGGGCCAAUCCUACAUCGCUGUGAAUCUCUCUAUCUGAGAUACAACUGCCUGGAUCGGCAAGCAGCUAUUAUAGAAUCUGCAGUUCUGAAAUCAAAUGAGUGCCAAGUGAAAAAGCUGUUUAUGUGUGGCAAUAACCUGGGACCAGAGGGGGUUUUGGAGCUUUGGAACGCUCUGGAGCACAACACCACUGUAGAGGAACUCUAUCUGGACAUCACCGGCAUCACAGAACGAGGAACCGAAAACAUCGUUAACUGCCUCAGCAAAAACUCCUCUUUGAAGACACUGACUAUUGUUGGGAAUGACAUUGGAGAGGUAGGGAAGACGAGGCUGAGGGAGCUAGAGAAAUGCCGACCAGGACUCCGGAUUAUUUCAAACUUUGUGGAUGACCUUGGAUUACUUCAGGCCUACCUGGACUGGGUAGAGGAGAUCCAGGCAGACAGAGACCAAAUGGACUCAGUGAAAAAUGCAGAUGCCCUGCAGUCAGUGCUUCACGGUCUGCAGGUAGCAGGAGAACCAGUGGAGAAAGGCGAGAAUGCAGAAAAAGCCAAGGAACUCCAGACAAAGAUUGUUAAGUUGCUUAAGUCAGAUAAAUCACAAGUUAUGUAGCAAAUUGUGAGUAAGUGUAAGGCUUCAGCUGAUGCAGCAGAAGAUCUGAAAGCAUCCACCAGGAGAUAAGCAAAAAUUCAUCAAGCUAUAAAAGUGGAAUUUAAAAAAUGAAUCCUAAUGUUCUCUUUAACAACUCAAAAAACAUAACUAUUUACAAACAACUGAUGACACUUUAAAAAGUUCGCGCAAAGAGAGACACCAGUUUCUGCACUUUCAUUCCACGCUGUGGCUCCAAACCCUCAGCAGAAUUGUUUGACAAAAAGUUCACAGGCAUAUAAUUUUUAUAUAUGAGUGACAAUAAUCUGGUUCUUUUGAGUAUUUUGGAGCUGUGAAAAGAUGUGGAAGACUGAAGAUAUAGAUACAUUAAGAAAAUGAUGAUUUAAUUUUUGGGGGCGAAGAUCUCAGGUUAAAUAUAAUGAAUUUUCAUAUAACCUAUAUUUGUGAUUUGUGGUGAGAGUACUUAAUGCACAGCAUGACUCCUUCUAAAUCACAAAUAAUACUAUUUAGAUUUCAGAUUUCAGGACUUUAUGACAAACAAAAAUAACAUAUUUGUUCAUACAAAACCCAGAUAUCAUUUAAAACAUGAAAUAUUUACAUGGUGCAAAAAUAAAGUUGCAUGGUCACUUCUGUUUUUUUUUUUCCAACUAUAUCAAUUUUGCAAGCCCAAUUCUGCAGAAAGGUGAAAGUUGUGUUCACAGGGUCAGAAAAAAGAAAACAGAUAUUUAAAGGAAAUAACAAGGUUUAUUUGGUAAUUAUUAUUUUUGUUUUGCUAUUUACAACCGUGAAGACAGUUGCAAGCAACAGUGAGACCUCAAAUGAACUAAACACAAAGUACAUGUUGAAAUGACAUAUUUCAGCAGAGAUGGAUUUAAAGACAUUCAAAGACUGUAUUGUGACAUUAACAGAAAUCACCAACUCUGAGAAGACUGAGAAGUUUGACUAAAAUGCACUUGUCUCUAAGGGAAAUUUUCUUUCUGUCUCAGUGAAGAGAUUUGAUCAUUUGAUGAUAAGUCACAAUCAUACCACAAGUUUGUCUGCUCAUUAAAAAAAGAAAAACUCUUUGGUUACUUUUCUAACUUGAAGUGACAACAUUUUACAUUAUCAUAUCAAGUAAAAACUAUGUGGUUUAUGCUGCAAACUCCCCAACUUAAACUUGUGAAAGUUCCUCAUUUUCAAAAUAUGAACUCUUUGAAAUGCAAGCUCACUUCACAGGAACUUGACUUCUCUUUGCACCUCUCUGCUCAACAGACCUGAAAUCAUUCCCACAACCGUAAGUCAUUCUAACUUCCAUAAGAACCAUAUAA